GUGAUUUUGCAUAUAAAACAAUGGUAAUUUAUGCGACGCUUUUAUAAUUACUGUAAUCUAGAAAAGUCUAAAAACAUGUGGCGACAAGUGCUUGUUAUUGUGGCUUCCUCUUGUUUAUGCAAGAACACGGCACAGCAACCAGCAAUAUGCAACGAUGUUAAUGUUCCGAAUUUCGUCAGAUACCAUCUAACUUCUUGGCAACAUGCAGUAGCAGGAGUUGACAUGAUAGUAGAAAACUCAGAAGCUGGUAUUGUUUCCCUAGAUCUCACUGGGAACGAACAUGUGACCAUUGUAGUGCAUGGUAGAGAAAGUGGCAUCUACACUGAGUUUGGUAACACUCUGAAACAUUCUAUUAUAACGGCAGACAAACAAAUGAUCGUCAUUUUAGUAGACUGGUCGUCUCUAUCCUUUGCACCCUAUGAAGAUGCCGUGAGUUAUGUACCAUGUGUUUCAAACGAAAUAAGAAGUUUUAUAGAAAAUAUGAUGGCAGCAUCUAAGUUGAACCCAAAUCGCCUUCAUCUCAUCGGCUUUGAUCUGGGAGCACACAUUGUAGGCAUUGCGAGUCGCAACAGUGUUGCUCGAGCCGUGAAAAUUACAGCUCUGGACCCCGCUGGUGAUGGUUGGGGAGCUGAUUCACAACGUCUUAAUGCUACCGAUGCUCAGUUAGUUGAGGUCAUCCACACAAAUGGAAACGGUGCGUUUGGAAGUACAGCUUACGGCAUCGGUGAACCCAUUGGCACCUUGGAUUUCUUCCCUAACGGAGGAGACAGGCAGCCUGGCUGUAGAACACUUGACAACGAGUGCCAUCAUAAGAGAGCAUGGCAACUCUUUGCGGGAACCGUGGAUGCUGGUGGCCACUUAAUAGCUAUGAAGUGUCUGGAUAUGUCGCAAGUAAGCAAUGAUCGCUGUACGAUGAUUCCACCUGCGGUCAUGGGGACACUGGCACUGGUAAAAUUUAACACCGGUUUACAUCGGGUCAAUACUGGGAGCAUUUACCCUUAUUAAUAAAUUUAUUGUUCUGCUCGAAAUAAAAAAAAAUAACUGUUAGAAACUAUUUUAUUAAAAAAUGAAUACAAAUAGUACAA